CGAGCGGCUUAACCCAAACGUCGAUUCUGCGCACAGAACGAGCUCAAGCGCCUCCUCGUCGGCGCUUAUUCAUCUCCGCGUCAUCGUCCAUCACGACGACAACGGCGAGCAAGUGCUACCGCUUACUUUGCUUUCAUCAUGGCCAGCUCCAGCAGAUUGAAUGAUACGGAGCGGACGAUUCGUGUAACCCUAUUUGGGGCCCAUGGUCUCGCCAAGAGGGAUCUUCUGGGCCUGCCUGAUCCAUUUGCGGUCCUAACUGUUGACGGGGAUCAGACGAGCUCGACAAGAGUAACCAAAAAAUCGCUUAGUCCGUCGUGGAAUAAUAGCUUCGAUGUAACCGUUCGCCAAUCAUCCAUGAUCGCAAUACAAGUAUUCGAUUACAGAAAAUUCAAAAAACGAGAUCAAGGCUUCCUUGGCGUAAUUAAUAUUCCAGCCUCUGAAGCCAUUUCCUGUGCUAUGAACCACCACGAAAUGAUAUCAAGAGACUUAACCAUGUCAUCCAACAACCUGCCUGUAUAUGGAAAACUGAUAUUUGGUUUUUCCUUACCCACGGAACCUGUCCCAUCAGCCCCCGCUGCAACUGACACAGAUACUUUUACCAUGUCUACAUCAGAAGCAGCGCAGUUGUCUGCCACUGCUUCCAGUAGCCAAGGGCCACGGCCUGCCGCGCAUGUCGGAGAUGACGAUCACUUGAGGCCAUCGACAUCGACAUCGCGACAGCCACAGCAGCAGCAGCAGCAGCCACCACAGGCUCAUCAGCAGGAGCAGCCUCUCUCAUCUUCACUGUCUCUUCGAUCGUCUGCAAGCCAUGCUCCACUGGAUGCUUCCCCUCGAUUCUCCCGACAAGAUGCAAGCCAACGACCCGUUUCUCAGACUGCUGUACAGCAACGGAAUGUCGAGGAUGAAAGUCCCCUUCCUGCAGGUUGGGAAUGUCGACAUGAUCCUCAAGGUCGUCCAUACUAUGUCGAUCACAAUACUCGAAGCACGACCUGGCAUCGGCCCAGACCGAAUGGCCAACUCGCUACUUCUCCCCAAACCCAAACCCAAACCCAAACCCAAUCCACACCACAGACGACAGCACCCGUGCGACACACCACCCUUCUUGCAUCCAACCCACCCACUGCUACCGAUAUCCCCCUUCCCCUGGGAUGGGAGGAGCGUCGGACGCCGGAAGGACGUCCAUAUUUUGUUGAUCAUCACACUAGAACAACGACGUGGGUUGAUCCUCGACGUGCCAACCAGCCUGUUAUUCCACCCACCAAUGCUCAUCAGCUUGGACCCCUUCCUUCGGGAUGGGAGAUGCGAUUGACCUCCACAGGACGUGUUUAUUUCGUGGAUCAUAAUACGCGAACGACGUCAUGGGAAGAUCCUAGACUUCCUGGUGUUGUGGACGAUAACGCGCCUCAGUACAAACGAGAUUACCGACGGAAGGUGAUCUACUUCCGCAGUCAGCCUAAGAUGCGGGUAUCUACUGGCAAAUGUGACAUCAGGGUUAGACGUGCGCGGAUAUUGGAGGAUAGUUACACCGCCGUGAUGGCACAAAACCCGGAAGAUCUGAAACGGCGGCUUCUCGUUAGCUUCGAGGGUGAGGAUGGGUUGGACUAUGGUGGUGUUGGCAGGGAAUGGUUUUUCCUGCUGUCGCACGAGAUCUUCAAUCCUUGCUAUGGAUUGUUCGAGUACUCGACACACGACAAUUAUACUCUCCAAAUCAACCCAGUAUCCGGGAUCAACCCAGACCAUCUGAGCUACUUCAAAUUUAUUGGGCGCUGUUUAGGUUUGGCAAUAUUCCAUCGUCGCUUCCUAGAUGUGUAUUUUGUUCCGAGCUUCUACAAAAUGAUGCUGGGCAAGCAUAUGACAUUAGCGGAUUUGGAGAGCGUGGACGCUGAUCUCCAUCGCUCACUAGUCUGGAUGCUGGACAAUGAUAUCACUGAUGUUCUCGACGAGACUUUCACUAUGACUGAAAACCGAUUUGGAGAAUUGGUGAUUAUCGAAUUGAAGACCGGAGGGGAAAACAUAGCGGUUACAGAAGCGAACAAGAUUGAAUACGUUGAUGCGGUUGUUGCUUACCGUAUAUCGACCCGGGUAAAGGAUCAGUUCCAAGCCUUUAUGGAAGGCCUUUUGGAACUGAUACCGGUCGACCUUGUUAGUGUAUUUGACGAGCGGGAGCUAGAGCUACUAAUAGGUGGUAUGGCCGAAAUUGAUGUGGACGACUGGACUAAGUUUACAGAUUACCGUGGAUACGAGAAGACUGACCAAGUCAUUGAGUGGUUCUGGCAGUGCAUUCGCUCUUGGCCCGCAGAACGUAAAUCACGGCUCUUGCAGUUCACGACUGGUACUUCACGCGUACCAGUUAAUGGAUUCAAGGACCUUCAGGGAUCGGAUGGCCCGCGGCGAUUUACCAUUGAGAAGUCUGGUGACCCGCAAGGAUUGCCCAGGAGCCACACAUGCUUUAAUCGAUUGGAUUUGCCGCCAUACCAGGAUUAUGAAAGUUUGGAGACAAAACUGAUAUAUGCCAUCGAAGAGACGGAAGGUUUCGGGCAGGAGUAGAUGUUAACCUAAUAUACCUUUUGUUGUUGUUUUUCUUUGGAAUGUAACAUUAACAGUACGAUGCUCCAUUUUAAUCAUCUCUUGUGGUUAAUUACGAUGUACCAAUCGAUUUGUAUGCAAAGUGUUU